AUCAUCUACAUAUUAUUGGUAUUUCAUCCGUAUAAAAGCGAGCGGUCUUACAGCAAGAGUAUCAUUAAUAUUUUGUGUUCGUUUAGGUAAUACAAACGGAUUGAAGCCAGAUAUGAAGCUGUUCGUAGUUCUUUUCUUCGUGGCAUCGGCAACGGCUGGAAACUUACAAAACACCUACUUGCCACCAAAUAGCGCCGCAUCUGCCGGUGGUAGUGGUUUAUCUGCCCCCAUCAAGCCUUUAUCACCAGUAGGCCUAGUUACAUCUGCCAGAUUCAGUGGAGUUGCUUUGGCACCUACCACCCUGUACGCGGCUCCCGUUUCGUACUCAGCACCAGCAACACCCCCUGUACCAAUUCUUAAACUCAACAACGACAACAACGGCGAUGGCAGCUACAGAUACGAAUACGAAACAGCUAACCACAUCGCCGCCCAAGAGUCCGGCAGCCCCGUUGGCCCAGACAGCAUCCAGGUUCAAGGAGGUUACUCCUACCUGGCACCAAACGGACAAACCAUCACCGUGAACUACGUCGCCGACGAAAACGGUUUCCGUCCCAUUGGAGAUCACCUCCCAACUCCCCCACCAGUCCCGGAAGCCAUCCUGAAGAGUCUGGAGAUCAACGCCGCCGAAGAGGCCAGGGGAAUCGUCGAUGACGGCCAGUACCGAGGAGCUGUGUCUCCUUCAAGACAGUAUCUGACUCCAAGUGUCAAUAGCCAGUACUUGCCUCCAGGUCAGCAAGGCGGCUACAGAUAUUAAGACUGUCGAUGGUUGUUUGAGGGUUAUUUUAUAAGGAAAUGUUGUUUUUAUGACUAUUUUAUUUAUGUUUUCUCGUGUGUCAUUAAGAAGCUUG